AAGUUCGCGCCGGGCUUGAGCGUCGUGCAGGCGUACGGCGGCAAGAAGCUCGUUUCGCCGCUCACCGACGUGGUGGAGCCCAAGUCACAGCCAAAGCUGCCUGCCACCAAGAUGACGCCCCUGGGGGGCGCCGGUUGCUACAGCCCCAGGGGUGGAGAGCACCUCUGGCUCGUCACCGGCACGCCCUUCUCCAACUCGACCAGCCAGCUGCUGACGCAGGCUUCGAUGCUCGGACACUGGAAGCGAGGCCUCGGGCUGUCGAGGUCUGCGUCGCUCGCAAUGACCGGAGGCCCGGCCAGCGCCCGCUUCGUCGACAAGCUCAAGAGGCUGAUGGCGCUCUCGCUGCCCGACGCCGACCUCGAGACGACUUGGCUCACCAUGUCCGCCGACGAGCGCAUACUGUACCGGCUCCACUGCUGCGCCGACGGCGCCCCCUCCUGGGCCGACGCCAGCCGCUACUCGGACAGCACGAUAGCCGACGUGGGGACCGGCCGACACCGCAUAGAUGCGGAAUGA